AUGAAUGCGAAGCAGAUUUUAAGGGGGGAAAAAAUUGCAAAAAUAACUAACCAAUCGAAUUAAAGCAUAAACAGAACUUCAGUGAAAUACUAAGCCUAUAAAGCAGUCUAGCUCAUCUUAACUCAAAAGAUUUGGAAUCAUUAUAAUAUAAGCAAAUUAUUAGAAAGUUUAAAAAAACUAGAUACACUGAUAUAAAAGCAUUGCUUAUCAAACUUGAUUAACCUAAAUGCUUGCUAUGUGAGAAGGAGAUUAAAAACAGAGAUUUCUGCAGAAUGCUCACCUGAAUGUCCAAAAUGCCUGAAAACUUUUAAAUAACCUGAGGAUUACUUAUUUAAUAAAGAUCUUUUGCAAAGAUCUAUUAAUGUUGAUAUUGAAGGCUUUCACUCUGAUCACUUAAAAAUCUAUGAACCAAUGGUAAAUAGCCAAUCGAUAAGAGAAAUGGCUGUUGGUCUUCCAAUUUUAUAAUAAAAGGAUAGGCGAAAUAGUUUUGAUGAUUUUUAACAGAAUGAAAUAUUUUAACUAAGCCCAAUGUAUUCAUCAAAUGAUUUGUAUUUGGAUCCUGAUGGUCCUCUUAGAAUGUUUAAACCUGCAUUAAUGGGGAAGAUAAAUCUUGAUUUCUAGAAAUGCUCUUAAAAUAGUGAUAGUAUUGUUUAAUUUAAAGAUGAGAAUUCCUAGUAUGAGGAACAACAAAAGUUUAACAGAUUAAUUGAGGGAUUAAAAUUCAAAAAAUUGACUGAAAGUACUGAAAGUAGAGUUUUAGAUGAAUAACAGAGUGAUUAAUCAUGA